CCGACGACGACCAAAAUGAAGUCGAGUGCCUGGAAGAUUUAGUCACGUUGGACGGCACGGAUUGCACCCAUGAUGACAUGAUGGAUUCGUCCCAUGGGUCACAAGAUGACAUCGUUGAUAUCACCCCACCACCUGAAGUUCGAAAUGAAAAUGCCUUGGUAUUCUUCUUACUACCCGGAGUCUUCGCCGCGAAGCCGCUUUCGUCAGCCGAAUCGCACCAGCAAUCCGGCCAGCAACGUGCCCCAUCAUCAUACGAUCCACAUUGCAACGUCAUCUUAUGCAAUGCCAUCGUUUCGUCAACACAAUCACUAUCCAGCGUGUCCGUCUCCGCCACCGUCAUACCCCCGUCGACAUUAUCAAAACGAGUUUAGUCAUUUUCGACCAGAGAGCACUGGUCUGCAUAGCGGUGCGACGAGUUACAGGCCACGCCAUUCAUCUCCGAAUUCAAGUGUUGGAUCGAGUCCGUUCAAGAGCCGAAGUGACGGAUCGACUUGGUACCAUCACCGUCGGACAGCCGAUUCAGCAACUGAGCGACUCUUAGCUCGUGCUGAUGCACUCACAGAAAGACUACAUCGUCUGUUGACUAAGUCUGCCGACUUACAUUGGCGCCGAACGGAUAACCCAGUGCGCUCCGAUAUUUAUAGCCAAAUGAGUCAGUCUAAGGCUCAGUCAACGACAACUGGAACGUCGCCGACUGCUAAUAUGGCAGCCGAUACAAAUGCGGCUGCCUCUUCCGUUCGAGUCGAUGACAUCACUGUGUCUAAAACUGAACCACGUCCAACCACUCGAACGCAUGUCAUCACCAUUAAGCUGAGUAACAGCUACAGCAACAGGGGCAAUCGUCGGUCUCAGCAUUUGGUUCAAGAGCCUGCGGAGGAUGAAGAGCAGCAAAGGCCUCAAGUGCCACCGAAGCCGCAAGAGAAUCAUAAGCCUCGAGAGUCGCACAAGUUUGAAGAGAGUCAAAAGCUUCGAGAAGCAAAGGAGACGGCCGAGCGGCAAGAGUCUCCAGAACCGCAGGAGCCAUCAAGGGAAACGCAUCGGCAAAAAUCGCAAGAAUCGCAGCCAAGUCAUUUUAAUUCGCGGACGUAUCGACAUUCGACAACUCGUAAGCCACCUGUCGUUCGGAUCAUUCCGAUUCAUAUCGAAGUGGAAUCGGAUGAUUCCGGUAUUGCGGUCGACCCAGAAAGGGACAUUCAGGUUCCGGAUGAGGAUCCACGAGUUACAAUAAAUAGCAGUCCUAUCCCUAGUCCUAGACAUGUUUCGUCCAUUUUCGUGGAUGAUCCUAUUCCUGUUGUCGAAAUACCUGUGAUGCCAGAGUCAACUGUAAAAUCAAAUGUCGAACCUGAGGCGUUGGACCUCGAACUGGAGGAACCAAUCCAUCCAGCCAGUGGUUCAACCAACAGCCGUCGUUGGGCUCUUACUCUGAGUCUCGCCGAAGAAAAGAAGGCGGAAGGCAAUGCUUACUACAAGGUGAAAGACUACAGAAAAGCUUUGGCGUGUUACACUCGAGCCAUCGAGCUCUGCCCGGACAGUGUGGCCUAUUAUGGCAACCGCGCAGCCUGUCGCAUGAUGAUGGGUUCGUACCAGGACGCUUUGGAAGAUGCCCGCGAGAGCACCCGCCUGGAUUCUAGCUUUGCUAAGGGCUACGUCCGUAUCGCUAAAUGCUGUUUGGCACUCGGAGAUACAGCGGCUGCCCUGAAUGCAAUCAACAAAGCCGAAGAACUCGAUCCAAAUUCUGAUCUGGCCAACGAAAAGCGCUCCCUUCACGUUCUCCAACAACUUGGUGAAGAGAUGAGCAAAGCCAACGCUAAAGGCGAUUAUCGUAAAGUAAUCUACUGUUGCGAUCGCUCUCUUGAACACGCCCCAGCUGCUCGUCGUCUGAAACUGACCAAAGCCGAAUGUCUUGCUUUACUCUCUCGUUACGCCGAAGCAGAAGAAAUGGCCAAUGAUGUUCUCAGGUUAGACCAGACCAAUGCCGAUGCCCUUUUGGUUAGAGGAUUGUGUUUUUAUUAUCAAGACAACAUCGAAAGGGCGUUCCUCCACUUCAAACAGGUUCUUCUAAUGGCUCCCGACCACGCCAAAGCUCGUGAUAUUUUCAGAAGGGCAAAGUUACUGAAAACGAAGAAAGAAGAAGGUAACGACGCUUUCAAGGCCGGUCGAUACCAGGAAGCACACGAAUUGUAUACUGCUACUUUGAUUAUUGACCCUAACAACAAGCUGACCAACGCUAAAGUGUAUUUUAACCGUGCUGUUGUACUUGUAAAGCUUGGAAAAUUGAAGGAGGCCUUGGGCGACUGUGACAGAGCCAUUGAGUUAGACGAAACCUAUAUUAAAGCGUAUCUGCGCAGAGCUAAGAUAAACAUGGACCUUGAACAAUUUGAAGAUGCUGUUAGAGACUACGAAAAGGUCAAUAAAAUGGAAAAGAAUCGAGAUUACAAGCGUUUGUUACACGAAGCGAAAUUGGCAUUGAAGAAGUCCCAACGAAAGGAUUACUACAAGAUAUUAGGCAUCGAUCGCAAUGCCAAUGAUGAUGAAAUCAAAAAAGCCUAUAAGAAAAGAGCACUCGUUCAUCAUCCUGAUCGGCAUUCAAGCGCCACCGAAGAGGAGAAGAAAGAGCAAGAAAAGAAAUUCAAAGAAUUGGGAGAAGCCUACGGCAUCCUGUCAGACCCCAAAAAGAAGUCCCGAUAUGAUAAUGGGCACGAUAUCGAUGAUAACGAUGGUGGUGGAUAUUCAAGUGAAAUGGAUCCUAAUCAAAUAUUCCAAGCAUUUUUCGGUGGGCCAAGCAUGUUCCGGAUGGGUAACAUGGGUGGAGGAAUGGGUGGGAUGGGUGGCGGCGGAAUGGGCGGCCAUUGUCCGGGCAGUUUCAACUUUCAGUUCGGCUAAGUGUCACUAAUGUCCUUUGAUACGCCAACCAUUAACCUAUAUGCAUUCAAAUCGCGAAGAGUCCGUUAUUGGCCGUAAGACAUGAGCAACUUUCGUCUUACUCUUCAGUCGGCAAAAUUUUCUUUUCGAAAGUUGAAGCAUGUGGCUGUAAAAACUCUUUUGCCAUUUAUUUGCGCUGUUUAUACAUUUACCCAAUCCUUAGACUCACCGACCGAUCUUCUUAUCAUGCUAUACACGGACUAAACUUUA